UCACCAUCCUCUCCUUAAGUAGCCUGCUCUGCUCUCUUCUCUUCACCUGGCGCAGCUCAUCGUAGACGUAGACCGACCAUAGCUAGCUCCUCACAAGUGUCCAGUGCAACCCAUCUCGUUUCGCAACAUGGCGGAGGCCAAGACGACUGAGCCUGCUCCGGCGGCGGCGGAGGGGGGUUCGGGGGAGCAGCAGCACAAGACGGUGGUGGUGGUCGGGGUGGACGACAGCGACCACAGCUACCACGCGCUCGAGUGGACGGUGCGCCACGUGGCGGCCGGCAUGGCGGGCGCCGCCGACCUCGUCAUCGUCCACGCCAAGCCCUCGCCGUCCUCCGUCGUCAGCUUCGGCGGGCCCGGAGCCGGCGAGGCCAUGAGGUACGUGGAGGCCGACCUGCGCAAGAUGGCCGAGGCCGUCGUCGACAGGGCGCGCCGCGUCUGCAUCGCAAACUCGGUGCACGCUCUGAUCGAGGUGGUCGAAGGGGAGCCCAGGUACGUGCUCUGCAACGCGGCCGAGAAGCACCACGCCGACCUGCUCGUCGUCGGCAGCCAUGGCUAUGGCGCCAUCAAGAGGGCCUUUCUGGGGAGCGUGAGCGACUACUGCGCGCACCACACGCACUGCUCCGUCAUGAUAAUGAAGCACCCCAAGCCCAAGUGCUGAGCAGAGCUCCGGUGCUCUGCUAGCUCAUCAGGUCCAUACUGCUCUGCUCCGGUGAUGACGGUGGUGGACUAGUAGUGAAGCGACCUAUAGGUCCAAAUGCUGGGCAUGUAUGUACCUGCAACAGCCGCCUCAGCUGUGCUUCUGCCAACAAAGGUUUAUCUAAGUGGAUGCAAGUGAAACAAUGUCUUGCGUUUUUUGUGGUGUU